AUGGCAUCACCGUCACAAAGGUAUUUCGCCGUCUUAGCUCUUUUCGCAGUCUCACUAAAGUUUUGUUAUUGCCAAAAUAUCACAGUAGAUGACAACGGCUGGGGCUACGCCGGUGUUACUUGGUAUGGUGAAGCUGGCGGCGCCGGUAGCACCGGAUAUGGUUCGGCAGUAGCCAAUCCACCGUUUUACGCGAUGAUUUCAGCCGGAGGACCUUCACUUUUCAAUAGUGGAAAAGGAUGUGGAACAUGUUAUCAGAUUGUGUGCUACGAGAAUCGAGCCUGUUCGAGGAGACCAAUAAGGGUGACGAUAACCGACGAGUGCCCUGGUGGUCCUUGCGCCUCCGAAUCGGCCCACUUUGACCUUAGCGGCAAAGCCAUUGGUGCCUUGGCCAGACCUGGCCAAGCCGAUCGACUUCGAGCCGCUGGUGUUCUACGUGUUAUUUACAGACGUACCCCGUGUAGAUAUAGAAGGACUGCUAUAGCUUUUCAUAUUGACGCCGGAUCAAACCCGUACUACAUUGCAUUUGCUGUGGAAUACGAAAACGGUGACGGAGAUUUUGCCUCCAUUGAGAUUCAACCGGCGGGCGGAAAAUACAUCCCCAUGCAAGAAAUGAGGUCAUCUGUGUGGAACGUAAAUUACGGCAGUCCUCUACGAGGUCCGUUCAAUAUUAGACUAACUUCUGGCGAGUCUCGGAAGACAAACGUUGCUCAGGAUGUUAUCCCGGAGAAUUGGAGGCCCGAUCAGACUUACCGGUCGAUCGUCAACUUUUAG